GUUGCGAUGGGUUCGUCAAAUUAAAGUCAUGUGUUUAGUUGCGCUAUUAUUCGUAAACUGAGAAGUUUGGUUAUUUUUUGUUAGCUAUUGAAGACGUAACGAUAGAUGAAUAACGUAAAUGUCAUAAACCCGGUGGUAAACACUAAUAUUUUUGGAAAAAGUAUAUUAUUUUCUUGGGUUUUGUAGAGAAUUAUUUUGAUAAGGCCAUUCCUCCUUGAUUUUGUUACUAGAGGAUCAAUAUGUCUUCUGAAAAUUUCGAAAGUUUAGAGGAUGAUUUUAUUGCAAUAAAAGACAGUUUAACUACAAAAAUAAAUGACUCAUUACCUAAAGCAUCCGGUCAAGCUCAGAAAAAUUUGGCUAGAGAUAUUCAAAGAGAGUUGGAUGAUGCUUAUCGUCUCCUAGAUGAUUUGGAAGAAGAAGUAAAAGCUGCUCCAUAUCCUUAUAGAUUGCAAAUGAAUAAUCGUUUGAAGCAGUAUCAUCAAGAUCUUAAUGCUUUAAAGAAAAAGUUAGCAAGUAGUGAAAAUUCUGCUUCUUCGAAAAGAAGUCAAUUAUUAGGGUCUCCAAAUCAGCCAAGUAAUUCAUUUGCAAGUAAUGUAGCAGCCAGUAACAGAGGAAGGUUGUUACAAAUGAAUGAAACUAUAGACAGGACAACUGAAACUGUAUAUAGAACCCAACAGAUUGCUGCAGAAACCGACCAGAUAGGAAUUGCUGUUGUUGAUGAAUUGGGAACACAGAGAGAGUCUUUGAUUAGGACUAAAGAAAGGCUUGUGGAUACAGAUGCUAACUUAACCAAGAGCAGAAAAAUAUUGCGUUCCAUGUAUCGACGAGUAAUGACUAAUAAGCUGAUUUUAAUAGUUAUCAUAAUAUUAGAAGUUGCUAUUUUGGGUGGUGUUGUGUAUUAUAAAUUUUUUAGGAAAUGAUAUUUUAUUUAGAUAUUCUAUUUUGUUAGCUAAUAUUUCUUUAUAGUUAGUUAUUUUACAUCAUAGCAAUCAAAAGAUGUAAAAGACAUGCAAAGAUAUUAUCCCUGAUAAGGCUUUAAUUAUUUACUUAAGAUAUAAACUAUGCUAGUUUAUCUGCACCAGAUAAAGAUGAAUUAAAAAUUUUAGUAAGUACAAUAAAUUAAACCGUAUGAAAUAGCAUUUAAGCUUUUAUAUGAUCACAAUACUAGUUUCCAUUUUAUUAUGUUGAAAUAUUUUGAUGUGUUAUUAGAAUUAACAAAAAAAUUCCUUGGUGUAUAAGUUGUGAAAAUAAGAACUUAAAUGAAUUAUUUUUCAAAUUAAGAUAAUAGAUACUAUUUAAAUAUACGAAAUGUAUUUUUAAAGUUAUUUCUAAAAAUUAUUCUAUUAUUAUACCAUUCCUAUCAUUAAUAUGUAUAUAUUGCAUUUUUAUUGGAAAUAUUAAACCUUGCUUAUCAGAAUUUA